AAGAAACGCUCUGAUUGGAUCUGAUCCUUUCACAGGACAAGUCGCUCCUCCCUCACAGAGGACAGGUCAAAGAUGGCGUCGAUUAGGUGUUUUCUUCGCUCCGGGAAGAGUGCCGUCUCGGUGGUCCUGCGUAGAGAGUUCAGCAAGACCUCUCCAGCGGCUGUGCAGGUGAAUGUCCGAGAUGCCCUCAACCAGGCGAUGGAUGAGGAACUGGAGAGGGAUGAGAAAGUCUUCCUUCUGGGGGAGGAGGUGGCCCAGUAUGAUGGAGCCUACAAGGUGAGCAGGGGACUGUGGAAGAAAUAUGGAGACAAACGAAUCAUUGACACGCCAAUCACAGAGAUGGGCUUUGCAGGCAUUGCCGUUGGUGCGGCAUUCGCUGGGCUGAGGCCAAUCUGUGAGUUCAUGACCUGGAAUUUCUCCAUGCAAGCCAUCGACCAGGUGAUCAACUCCGCUGCUAAGACCUACUACAUGUCAGCCGGAGCCCAGCCUGUCCCCAUUGUGUUCCGCGGCCCCAACGGCUCCUCCGCAGGUGUGGCAGCCCAACACUCCCAGUGUUUCGCAGCCUGGUACGGCCACUGCCCCGGCCUCAAAGUAAUCAGUCCCUGGAACUCUGAGGACGCCAGAGGACUCCUCAAAGCAGCCAUCAGGGACAACAACCCUGUGGUGUUCCUGGAGAAUGAGCUGAUGUACGGUGUGCCCUUUGACCUGUCUGAGGAGGUUAUGCACAAAGACUUUGUCUUACCUAUUGGAAAGGCCAAGGUGGAAAGACAAGGAACUCACAUCACUCUCGUGUCACAUUCCCGGUGUGUGGGGUUCUGCCUGGAUGCUGCGGCCGUCCUGGCCAAAGAGGGGGUUGAAUGUGAGGUGGUUAACCUGCGUACCAUAAGACCUCUGGAUGUGGAGACCAUUGAGGCCAGCGUGAUGAAGACUGGCCAUCUGGUCACGGUGGAAGGGGGCUGGCCCCAGUACGGAGUAGGGGCUGAGAUCUGUGCCAGGAUCAUGGAGGGCCCAGCCUUCAACUAUCUGGAUGCCCCUGCAGUCCGCGUGACUGGUGUCGACAUCCCCAUGCCCUACGCUAAGAUCCUGGAGGACCACAGUGUACCUCAGAUCAAAGACAUCAUCUUCACAGUCAAGAAGGUCUUGAAUAUGUAAACAUACCAAUGUCUCCCUCCCACUGUGUCUGCCUGUCUCCCUCCCUCCCUCUCCCACUGUGUCUGCCUGUCUCCCUCCCUCCCUCUCCCACCGUGUCUCCCUCCCUCCCUCUCCCACCGUGUCUCCCUCCCUCCCUCUCCCACCGUGUCUGCCUGUCUCCCUCUCCCACCGUGUCUGCCUGUCUCCCUCUCCCACCGUGUCUGCCUGUCUCCCUCUCCCACCGUGUCUGCCUGUCUCCCUCUCCCACCGUGUCUGCCUGUCUCCCUCUCUCACUGUGUCUGCCUGUCUCCCUCUCCCACUGUCUGCCUGUCUCCCUCUCUCACCGUGUCUGCCUGUCUCCCUCCCUCCGUGUCUCCCUCCCUCCGUGUCUCCCUCCCUCUGUGUCUCCCUCCCUCUCCCACCGUGUCUCCCUCCCUCUGUGUCUCCCUCCCUCUCGCCACUCCUCUCCUUGCAAACCAACCUUAUUAAACGUCUAAGUACCUAUAAGUACUUAUUUACUUAUACAAUAGUGAGUACUUGUAAAAUAAAAUACUUAUUUCCUCCCCCCCCCAUGUCAACUUAACGGUAAAUAUACGCACAUCACAUGACUACAUGAAUAAUAGUCCAAAUAGUUAGAUACUGUAAUAGCUACAAGGACUUCCACUUCCGUUUCCUGAUUGGUUGGUGGACAGACAAGAUGGUGACGUCAUCAACUUUGUACAGAUGAUCACAUCUGUCAGUGAUCCGAUGAUGGAAAAAGACUAAAGUAAAAAGAAAUGUAUAGUUGAUUUAAUGGAGUGUAUUUAUUAUGCCGAAAAUUAUUGUAACUCCUGUGUUAUAUAUUAUUUUUUUUUGUUGCUGUAAAAUGGCUUUGUUACAGAAAUAAAACUCUCCAUUUUA